AAAAACAAUUUUUUUCCGAAUACGCGACGGCGGUUUAGUGAAAGCACCACCUUCCGGACUUCAAUCUUACGAAUAUUUGGUUUCGCUGACCGCUCUCUCUCAUCAUCAUCAUCGCCAAUUCCCUUCAACAGCCCUAGAAGGAACAAGCCAACCCAUUAUCAUCAUAAUAAACGAGAAAACCAAAGGAAGAGAAGAGACAACUUGAUAAGAAUGGCGGUGGCACAAUUUGGUGGUGGUGCGGUCUCUAAUGGAAUGACAAAUAGAAGUAGAGAAUGUAACACCAUGAAUGAAGCGACAAUGGCAUUUUCUCCACAACAGUCAAGGCGAAUUCACAAUUUUUCUAGGUUAGUUAUUCGAAAGGGGUUGAGCUAUGCAGAUGUUGUAAGGCGUUGCAGUCUAGCCACAAAGCACCGGCCAAUGCUGACAUCACCACUUAUUCAUCGGAGAAAGCACAUUUUUAAAGUGUCCAAUUAUCAAUCAAUUUCAGAUUGUGGUGUGCACUCUUCUGAUGUGGAUGAGACUCCUUCUACAGAAGAACAUGACCUCUCAAGUUCAAGGGAAAAAAUUUCUGAGCCAAAAGGGAUUUGUCCAUCGGAGUCGUCGAGCGAAAGUGGAAAGGAGUUGACAGGGAUAUCUACUAGUCAAUCACGUCAUCAAGAUGUCAAACGUGAACUUGUAAUGCUUUCUUUGCCUGCAAUUGCUGGACAGGCUGUUGACCCCUUCGUACAACUGAUGGAGACAGCAUAUAUUGGUAGAUUAGGUCCUGUGGAGUUGGCUUCAGCUGGUGUUUCCAUAUCAAUAUUCAACAUUAUUUCAAAACUAUUUAAUAUGCCUCUCGUCAGUGUGGCUACAUCUUUUGUGGCUGAAGACCUCUCAAUGAAUGCGGUCAGUUCUCCCACUGGAGAGGGUCAGCAAGAAGGAAAUAUCAAUGGUAAACUGGUUGAUAGGGCAGCUAAAAGGCAGGAACUAUCCUCCGUAUCUACAGCUUUAACUUUGGCAGUUGGCAUUGGCAUCUUCGAGGCUGUAGCCUUGUCUUUGGGAUCUGGACUGUUUCUUAAUUUGAUGGGCAUAUCAUCGGCUAACUCCAUGCACACUCCAGCACAGCGGUUUCUUUCUUUAAGAGCCCUUGGUGCUCCUGCAAAUGUAGUUUCAUUGGCUCUACAAGGCAUUUUCCGUGGAUUUAAGGAUACAAAGACUCCAGUAUUAUGUCUAGGCAAGUUUUUGUCUUCNGGUAACUUUUCGGCUAUAUUUUUGCUUCCCAUACUUAUUUAUUAUUUUCGGCUGGGUUUAACUGGAGCGGCCAUUUCUACCGUUGUGUCUCAAUAUAUUGUAACCUUUUUGAUGAUGUGGUAUCUCAAUAAGAGAGUGGUGUUAUUUUCUCCAAAGGUGGGAGCAUUGCGAUUUGGUGGCUAUCUGAAGUCUGGUGGUUUCCUUCUUGGGAGAACUCUUGCUCUCCUCACAACCACGACACUGGCAACAUCAAUGGCUGCACGUCAAGGUCCACUAGCAAUGGCUGCUCAUCAAAUAUGCUUUCAAGUCUGGUUUUCUGUGUCUCUUCUCACAGAUGCACUGGCAAUAUCUGCUCAGUCCUUGAUUGCCACUUCUAUAUCGCAAGGUGAUUACAGAACUGUGAAGGAAGUCACUUAUUUUGUGCUAAAGAUAGGAUUAGUCACAGGGGUUGCAUUGGCUUUGGUUUUGGGCAUAUCUUUUGGUAAAUUAGCCACCUUGUUUACCAGUGAUGCAGAUGUCUUAGGAAUCGUUACAACUGGGGUGUUGUUUGUCAGUGCCAGUCAACCUUUGAAUUCUUUAGCUUUUAUUUUUGAUGGCCUUCAUUAUGGUGCUUCAGAUUUCGCAUUUGCUGCUCGUUCUAUGAUGCUUGUGGGGACAAUAUCUUCCAUGUUUCUGCUGUAUGCCUCAUCAGUUUUUGGUCUUCCCGGUGUUUGGUGUGGCUUGACUCUCUUUAUGGGGUUGCGAACGGUGGCAGGAUACAUCAGAUUAAUGUCAAAGAGUGGCCCGUGGUGGUUCCUGCAUAAGGAUCUGAAGAGAACUGAGGCACUGAUUUGUUAACUAGAAUGGAUGAUUGAGGAGACGGUAAGUGAAGAGCCUCUCGAAUGGGAGGCAAGCCCAUGGAGCCAGGGGGCGGAAAUCCAUUGCUUUUUUGUGAUUUCUGGAAAGCACAACAUAAUGAGAAAUGAAUAUGGUAAAUUCUUCUGCAAUAAACAAACCAACAAACAUCAUCUCUCUCUGGAUCUUAUGGUAACAGGAAGGAAGAAGCUUUUGUGAUUACGAGCUGUUCAGUGAAAUUUCUUGUGCACAGAGAAAGCUUUGCUCGGGAACCAAAAGUCUUAUGUAAGGACAAAAAAUGGAAGCAGAAAAUUCAGGAGCAAACCUGAACUGAACGGCAUGUAGUUGCAUAGGACUUGUCAGAGACGGAAGAAUUAAAUUUACUUUGUAAUUUACAUUCAUGAACAGAGCAAUUUAAGCGAGACACUAGCUCAAACACGUUAAUUUGACCAUACCAAAUCCUUGAACGUGCAGUGCUUACGAUCGAUCAUGAGCAAUUGUAGCUGUCCCCAACAGGACUUGUGCUGUAUUGGGGAGAUUGUUGCCUCUGAGGUUACUCAUGUGCAUAAGGUCCAAACCAUUCAGAGAGAAAUUUCUCCUUGAUGGCAU